UCCUUUAACGAAUUAUAAUGAGGACUGCCCGGAUUGUAAACGAAACAACAUCCUGUCGAACGAACGUUUUCCAUGCUGGCUUUGCGUGGUUGCAGUACCAAACCAAGCAGUAGUGGUACCAGAAGAGGCGAGAAGGGGGUAACCUCGAUGUGUUCCGGCAUUUGGUUACGGGAGACACAUGGAUGAAACUGUCACCAGAAGACCGGAUGAUAUUGGAAGAUAAAUACAGAAUGUGGGUCGGACGCAGACCGGGAUGGGAUAUCACCCUUGAACCGCCGAAAACACCAGAAGCGGAUGCGUUCAGGAAGAAGUUUGAAGAAGACACGAUGAGAAUGGUACAGGAAAAGCGCGAGGCAGAGCGAAAGCGGCUAGAAGAAAAAGAGAAAGCUGCGGCAGAGAAGGGUUUAGCCGAAGCAGCUAAAGGUCACGCACCUGCCCCAUUUGCGAUAUUGAAGAAACAAGAUGAAGGAGAAGCAGCUGUAAUCAGACAGUCGCUGAUACAGCAGAUUGACAUCAUCUUGCAAGAUCCACUCGCGGUAUCGAAAGAGGAAUACAAAAUCUUCCUGGACGAAAAGGUCAACCUAACGAAAGGAAACAGACCAUCCCAGGUUAUCAAAAUCGCGAUCGAAGAACGAAUCGACAGGAUGCGAAACUUUCGAAAAAGAGAGAAAGAUGUGGUUGAGGCCCUUCGGAACUUCAAGAAAGAGGAGUUCAAACGCCCAAAAUCGCCUCAAAGAGAUGAUCGCAACCGCGGCUAUGAAAGGUCAUCAGACCGCUCCCGAGAAAGGUCAUGGGACAGACAUCAUAACGACCGAUACAGUGGAUACGCGAGAGAUACGCGUACGUCGGAGCAAAAGAGAAGGGAUGAAGAACGUAUCCGACGUGAAAAAGAACAAAGAGAAAAGCGCCGCCAAGAAGAAGCGGAAGAAAAGCGCUUGGCGGAGGAAUACAGGAAAAUCAACGAAACCUGUAAUAGGCAGCAGGAGAAGGAACGGGCUGCUAAGGAAACGCAGAAUCGCGAUUCACAGAAUCGAGAAGGAAGAAGUGAGGGCUCGAGUAAAUCAACAUCCUCAAAGGGGCCAUAUGAUCAAGAGUGGGUCCAGGAUAACUUGAAUAUGGAUGAUUAUGAGUUUGGAGACAAAUCUUACAACAGCAAAAGGUCAUCCAGCUCAGAAAGCCACCGCACGCCUAAGAGCCCGCGCAGAAUGCAAUCAGUAGUUCAUUCUGUUUGUUCAACGUUCAAGUCAGCCGAGAAACAACCGGCACAGCAGAUGGAUGAGGUCAUGGAAUGUAGUCCAGCAUCCUCAAAUGUCAUUGAAGUCCAUGGAGACGAGGACAUGCGACCGUCGAGACGAAACAUCAUCUUCGAUCUGGAGCGACAACUUACAAGCGCAGAGACGGCGAGUAAUGCACCGCCAGAAUCGGAAUCAGAGAAGGGCGACCAGAAAGGUCAAUCAAAGGUCACGGCUCCGAGGAGACAAUCCCUACAAACCAUUGAGCUGGUAUAUGAAAUGAACGACAUCAUGGAACAGACGAACGAGAUUUGCCGUUCAGUGGGCAUUGCC